CAUGCAGGAGGGGGAGUGUAUAGAGGAACACAGGGGUCUAUACAAGGACGUGAUGAUGGAGAAUCACCGGCCCCUCACAUCACUGGAUGGGCCCAGUAACAGAGAUACCCCAGAGAGAUGUCCCCGUCCUCUGUAUUCCCAGGAUUGUACAGAGGAGAAUCACAGGAUCCCACAGGAGGAUCAGGUAGAACAUCUGUCUAAUAUUAAAACAGAAGAUACAGAGGGAGAAGAAGAGACGUAUGUGACUGUUAUAAAAGAAGAAGAUAUAGACGGAGAAGAGGAGACAUAUGUGACUGAUAUAAAGGCAGAAGAUAUAGAGGGAGAAGAGGAGACGUAUGUGACUGAUAUAAAGACAGAAGAUAUAGAGGGAGAAGAAGAGACAUAUGUGACUGACAUAAAGGCAGAAGAUAUAGAGGGAGAAGAAGAGACAUAUGUGACUGAUAUGAAGGAAGAAGAUACAGAGGGAGAAGAAGACACGUAUGUGAGGGGUAAUCAGCAGUGUAAGGAGGAGGAGAUCCCUACAGAUAUCAGCACAGCAGAUGGACACACAAGCAGAAUUAUCUCAGAAGGACAUCUAAUGUUAUCCCUGGAUUGUGAAAUAAAAGAUGACAGUAGACAAGAAUCUCCAGGAGAUAACCCCAUUACCCCAAUUAUACAUCCAGCUCUAUCAGCUGAUCCCUCUGAUCCUGGGAAAUGUUCUCCUGAUCACUCUGAUAUUGGUGUAUCUGGUACAGCUCUGAGAGUAGAUACAGAGUUUCCAUGUGCUAUAGAUGCCAAAUGUUUUACACAGAACACAAAGCCUAUUAACCCACAGACCGGUAAGGCAGGUGAGAGGCCAUUUCUAUGUUCUGUGUGUGGGAAAUGUUUUGCAUACAAAUCAGUUCUUAUUAGACAUCAGUAAAGUCACACAGGUGAGAAGCCAUUUCCAUGUCCUGAGUGUGGGAAAUGUUUUGCACGGAAAUCAGAUCUUCCUAUACAUCACAGAAGUCACA